AAGGCGCAGUUCUGAGCGGGGCAGUCCGGGGUUCUGAGGGCGCGGGUGGGGGAGGGGAUCAUGCCCGGGAUAUGGACCGGCCUGGGUUCCGAGCGCUGGGCGGGGCGGUGCUCACCCGGGACCCGCCCGGUGGUUGGCGCGGCGCCCUCGCGACCCACCGCGCCACCUGGUGUCUUGCGGUUGCCCGGGACAACGGGCCUGGGUGGCACUAUGCAUUGUGCAGCCCCCGGGAGCGGGCAGCGGGGCUGGGGGCGCGCGGCAAGGCGGCCUGCCCGGGGCGUGGGGCUUCGUGGGCGCGCGGGCGGUGGCCGGGGGCGGCCAGCGCUGCUGCGGCGGCGGGGGCGACGCGGGCGGCGCGCGGGGGGCGCGGGCCGGGAUUGGCCACAGUCCACGGCGCUCGGUCUGGGCCAGGGUUCCGGGGAAAGUCCCAGGCAGCGAUCCGAGAGACCGGGGCCGAGGCAGGGGCCGCAGCGCGGGACCGCGCGGGCCAUGGCGUCGCAGAGGUAGGGGGUCCGCGUGUGGCUUCGCCCCCCCGGCCCCGCCCCCGCGGCUGUCAGGGUCACAGACCCGCCCUGGCUCUCCACCUCACCCCCCGAAGUCACAAAGGAGGCACAGGUCACACCCGCCCCGUCGUCCCCAGCUCCGCCCCCCCUUCCCAGCUGCUGGUGAAGGCAGGGAUGGGGCCGGGUCUGGGGGUUGUGCCUAGCGUCCCCUCCGGGGUCGGGUGUUCUAAGCCCACCACCGCGUGGGCGCGGUCAGGAUUGUCCAACCCCCGGACCUGGACUGUUUGCAACAGCUGUCCCGCCUCUGGUCUGGCACCUGCAUUGCUCCAGAAAGACACCCCCUCCAUUCUGCGCCUUCACGCAUGACUGUCUCACUGGGUUUCCCUCAGUAGAGUGCCAUGGCGGCAUUGCUCACAUCAACCUCAAACUCCUCAGCUCAAGUGAUUGGUCUCAGCCUCCCAAGUAGCUGGGACUACAGAUGCCCACCACAACACCUG